CACAACUGCGAGCAAGCGGCGGCAGCAUCGAACGCCAAACUCCCAACUCGAACUUCUGCUGCCGCUCAACGCGGCCCAACCGACUCCGGUAACAUGCCGAUAUCCAAGCGCAACCGGACCGUGACACUGUCGAAGACGAAGAAGAAGGGGAGGAAACACAAGGAAGCGGUGGCGAACGCGAUCAAGCAGGCGCUGGAGGAUUCCGGCUCCUCCUAUGUGUUCACGCUCCAGAACAUGAGGAAUCAGAGGUUGAAGGAGUUCAGGGAGCGACUCAAAUCCACCAGCAGGUUCUUUCUUGGGUCGAACAAAGUCAUGCAGAUAGCCUAAGGGCGAUCCAUAGCCGAUGAAGUGAAAAGCCCCGCGUUUGUAAACUUUCUAAGGUACAUUUUCAUGUUCUUCCCCUUUUAAAAUUUGUCAUUGUUAUUUGCUAGAGAUUUCAUGACUUUUUUAUCAUUGUUCAUGCAAUCCAAUCUGUAUACUGUAUCUGGACUAAUCUUGUCAACGAGGAGGUUCAAAGGUAGUAGUCCUGGAUAUUUGUUUCAAUAUACUUGUUCAAUCUUUUGUGUCUAUAUGUGCUUCUUCAUUGGACAUCCUGGUUAUAAUGGGUUCAUGUCGAGGUGGGGUGCCAUUGUACCCUUCCAAGACCAUUCUGUAGCAGUUGCGGAAGCCUUGCACACUGGCUGCCCUUGGGACACUUAGCCUACUGCUUUGGUUAAAUAGCUAUGCUGCAUUCGUUGAUGGUCACUUCAGAUUUUAGGUGUAUGUAGCUGUCUGUCCCACCAAAGGCUUGUGUUGGCUGCAUUCUUGAGUUAUGGAGUUAUGUCAUAAUGCAAAUGCAUUUUAGACCUCUUUAUUUUGUUUCUACGUUCUGCUAUUUGUUUGUUGACAUUUUUUUUUUUUGUUCUUCCAACCACCGCUACUAUAUUAUAUGCUAAAUUGUAACAGACAACUGCAUUUAUAUACAUGAUCUGCCACAUUCCCACAUGCAUACGAUCUAUCUUUCUUGUCUUUCCUUUUAUGGUACCAUUUGAUGCGAUCGCUGAUUGUUUUAUGAGUCUUUUGUUCGCUCCCUGUGUUAAGGUAGCUUACUGAUAUUGAAAUCUCUUAUUGUGCGAUUGCUAUUAUUGAUGUUGGCGACUGUCGAUGUUUGCUAAGUUGUCUUAGAUGGUAAAACUCAAUUCAAUUGCCACCUUUGCUAUUAAAAAGUAUGCCAACUAUUAGUUUUCGAUGACAAAUUGGUCCUUUUUUAUUUUCCUUUUUUUUUUUUUGGAAAAUAAGUGGAAGUCUAGCCCUAACCACGAUUCAGUUUGAACCAAAACUGAACUAAGCCAAGCUGAAACUAGAAUUGAACC